GCCAACUGUCCCACCUCUCUAUAAUGCCCCAGUGUUUGCAGCAUCUGCAGUGAACACGAUGGCAGCCCAGUCGGUUUCCAUAGACAAGUACCAAGAAGGAGAGCAGCAGAUGCAAGGCGUGGUGCAGACAGACAGUGACUCUGACCAAAAGUUCAUCGAAGGGACACUGGUGGAAGCCUCCAGCCCGGCCCCUGCAGAGCCUCAGACACCCAUGGAUGCAGACAAAGCUUCCAUUUACCGACACCCCCUUUUUCCUCUAUUGGCUCUGCUCUUUGAGAAGUGUGAGCAGUCCACACAGAGCUCUGACUGCAUCACGUCAGCCAGCUUCGAUGUGGAUAUUGAGAACUUUGUCCGCAGCCAGGAGAAAGAGGGCAAACCCUUCUUCAGUGAGGACCCUGACCUCGACAACUUGAUGGUCAAAGCCAUCCAGGUCCUGCGGAUCCACCUCUUGGAGCUGGAAAAGGUGAGCGACCUGUGUAAGGACUUCUGUAGCCGCUAUAUUGCCUGCCUCAAGACCAAGAUGAACAGUGAGACCCUGCUGAGUGGAGAACCAGGCAGCCCUUACUCCCCAGUACAGGGCCAGCAGGCCCAUAGCCUCUCCCCCACAAAAACCCAGACUCCCAACUCUUUCACAGGGACUAUCAGUCCCCAGGGUCAAAUCGUGGUGCCGGCGUCAGCCCUUCAGCAAGGCAACGUUACAGUGACGACAGUCAACCCCACCCAGAUGGUAGCAGGUGGCACGGUGUAUCAGCCUGUUACAGUCGUCACUCCACAGGGCCAAGUGGUGACACAGGGUCUGUCCCCCGGGACAAUACGUGUCCAGAACAAUCAGCUACAGUUACAAUUUCACCAGGACUUGAAUCUGUUUAGUCAAGAUGACAACUCCUCCAAGAACAAGCGCGGAGUCCUCCCCAAGCAGGCCACCAAUGUUAUGCGCUCCUGGCUCUUCCAACACAUUGGGCACCCUUAUCCAACGGAGGAUGAGAAGAAACAGAUUGCCACUCAAACUAACCUGACGCUACUUCAGGUCAAUAACUGGUUCAUAAACGCGAGGAGGCGGAUCCUGCAGCCCAUGCUGGAUGCCAGCUCCUCCGAGACGCCCAAAACCAAGAAGAAGACGCCUCAGAACCGGCCGCUGCAGCGCUUCUGGCCUGACUCCAUUGCCACAGGAGGAGUCACCCAGCAGCAAGUCACCAUGCCAGAUGGCACCAUGGUUACGAUGAGCGUAGAGGGUCUACAGAGCCUGACAUCGGACGGUGCCACGCUGGCAGUGCAGCAGGUGAUGAUGGGUGGUCACAGCGAGGACGAGUCAGGGGACAGCGGAGAGGAUGAUGAUGAUGAUAUGACCGGGCUGGGCCUGGACAACAGCGACUCUUUGCAGUAGAGGACGGACAAACACAAACACACACACACGCACGCACACAUACACACACUAUUGGUUUAUGUGUAAAUGCACACACUGUAUACACAUACAUGCCGAAUAUUGGUCUACACAUGAAAACACACCCCCUUUUUUUGAUCUGAACGUAAACGCACAACAAACACAUGAAAAGCUAGCAUUAAUGGCUUCAUUCACAAAACUACAUAUUCAAAAACAAGGAAAUGCCUAAACAGUCACAUUCAAACACACGCAAACACAAAAUGGGUUUACAUAGAGCACAAAACCAAGACAUGCCAGAGCGCUCCUGUCUCCCACUGAAUGGUGGCAUACGUUGUGUGUGUGUGUCGUUGUCAGGAGUGUCAUUUCAGAAGCCGUUUUUGGAAAGAAAAAAAAAUGUAGUCAAUGUAGGCGAGUGCACUUUUUGUAUUAUAUUGUAAGCAACCAACGGAAGCAAAAAGAGCGAGAAAAAAAGUGUUUUAAAAAACACACCUGAAGCAAGUUUGUAAGCUCUGUUAAAUGUCAAUUGUUUAUUUUUUAUUUUAUUUUAAACCCCCCCCACCCCCUUUUCUCUUCUAACUCAUUUUGGAUGCCAACACUUUCAGGUUGUAACUGUUAGUUUUUGUCUUCAAAGUUUUUGCAUGCUUGUGUUUGAGUAGAUGUGCUCAUUCUUAUGACUGACUCCAUAAUUUGGCUCCGACACAAACGAGGGCCUUGGCCUGCCCAGCAGAGCCUGUUAGGAGAGAUUUAAAAAGAAAAAAAAAAAAAAAGGAGAGAUGCUUAUUUUUAUAUACAAACAUGAGAAGUAAUGAGUGUUUUUUUUUUGUGUUCUCUCUUGUUUUGUAAGAAAUAUUUAUGUACAGAUUCAUUAUUAAAGCUAGCGGCCCUGUUUUCCAGGGUUUUAUUAAGUUUUCUAAAAAAGAAAAAAAAAGGAAUUGAAUCGACGUUGGGGAAAAAUUGCCAUGUAAAUUGGUUUUAAACUUGCGAUACUAAUAAGGCCUUACUUAUGUUGUUUUUGUAAAAACUAGCCAAGAAGCACAGAAAGAAAGCCUGACGCUUCAUGAAACAAUUCAAAGGACACUAAUGAACUCUUGUCUUGGUUGAGAAUGCACGGUAAUGAAUAAGAAUGAGUAGCUUGACUGCAGUACUUCGGUUUUUCUGAACACAAUUCAAGCUUUACCCACCUUGUGAAUACGACGAGUCAUGUGUUGUAAUCAUUUUAACCACAGUAGUGUAGAUGUCACUCUUACAAAAAAAAAAAUGCACAAUCCAGAACACUAUGUUUACCACACAAUCACAAGGGGGAGGAUCGAUGCACAGACACAAAAAAACAAAAACAAAACACGGAUGAUAUUCCACAGGAAGUAUCCACAUUAUCAAAUACAAACCUGAUCUAAAUCAAUAGCAAGAAACAAAAAGACACUUUGCACGCAUUAAUCUUUAUUUAUGUACACAUACGUGCUAUUGCAAACAGAGUGCAGUUGGAAAGCUAAGCCUCCCCUGUCAUUGCCUAUCUGAAGUACUCGGGAUGUGAGCACUUUGCUUCUUGAAGGUCCCAUUGCCAUGAAAAACAGUUUGUAGUGAGAGAUCUGUUGGAUUUUAUCGUUUCGUUAUUAUCACUGCACAGGUUUUGGGUGCCUCCUUGUCAUGUCAAUACCAGAAAUGUCAUAUUGUACAGUUGUUGUCAAUAGUUACAAUAGGCUCAUUUUAUUUCCCUUGCCCAUGUCUUGUAACGUUCAAACUUGGUUAAGUACAUUGAGUUUGGAGAAACCCCGGUGGACCGGACAUGUCGCGACUGUGGGUUGGGCCUCAGCUGAGCUCUGUUUUGACACUUGCGUCUUUGUCUUGCUUUUUACAGACCGUUCACUCUUUCUCUCGUCUGUUUUGCCUUAGAGCUUUCUAUUUUGGAAUAAACAAUGC